GGGGGGAAGGACGGUUAGGAGAAGAGGAAAGCGGAGGGAAGACCAUGAGGAUGACUCUCCCGCGACACCCCUCGCCGCCUUCUCCCUCCACCUCCACCUCCUCUUCCUUCUCCUCCGGAGGCUCUUCUUGCUGACGACGACUCCCCGCCCGAGUCCUCCUCCUCCCCCCGCCGGCCCCAAGCUGGCUGCGCCACUGGCCAUGGUGCCCAGCGAAGACAACCAGCUGGUCCCUAAAGAGAUUGAAAAUGCUGCUGAUGAACUUAGAGUGCUUUGUAUAAUACAAGAUACUACCAAUGCUAAGAGAGUGAAUGAGCGCAUCACAUUGAAUUUACCAGCUUCCACACCAUUAAAAAAACUAUUUGAAGAUGUAGCCUCCAAAGUGGGCUAUGUUGUUGGAACAUUUGAUUUAAUUUGGGGAAAUGGAGUCAAUGUUGCUAAUACGACACCACUGGAUCAUUUGAGUGAUAAAUCUGUUGUUGAUGCUGGUUUUGAGCCUGGAAAAAAGAAUUUUCUGCAUUUGACGGAUAAAGAUGGAGAACAACCUCAAGUGGUAUUGGAGGAGUCUGGUGGAUCAGAUGACCACAAUCCUGAUAGAUUUAUAGGUCCACUACCAAGAGAAGGUUCAGUUGGCUGUUCCAAUGAUUACGUCAGUCAGAAUUACUCUUAUUCAUCAAUUCUGAGCAAAUCAGAAACAGGAUAUGUGGGUCUAGUAAAUCAGGCAAUGACCUGUUAUUUGAACAGUCUUCUACAAACUCUUUAUAUGACUCCUGAAUUUAGAAAUGCAUUAUAUAGAUGGGAAUUUGAAGACUCUGAAGAAGAUCCAGUGACAAGCAUCCCUUACCAACUUCAAAGAUUGUUUGUUUUACUGCAGACCAGCAAAAAGAGAGCAAUUGAAACUACAGAUGUUACACGAAGCUUUGGAUGGGAUAGUAGUGAGGCAUGGCAGCAGCAUGAUGUGCAGGAACUCUGUAGAGUCAUGUUUGAUGCUUUGGAACAAAAAUGGAAACAAACAGAACAGGCUGAUCUCAUAAAUCAGCUCUACCAAGGCAAGCUGAAGGACUAUGUAAGAUGCCUGGAAUGUGGCUAUGAGAGCUGGAGAAUUGAUACUUAUCUGGAUAUUCCAUUGGUUAUUCGACCUUAUGGAGCCAAUCAGGCCUUUGCUAGUGUGGAGGAAGCUCUACAUGCUUUUAUUCAGCCUGAGAUCCUUGAUGGUGCCAAUCAGUAUUUCUGUGAACGAUGCAAGAAGAAAUGUGAUGCAAGAAAGGGAUUGCGAUUCUUGCAUUUUCCUUAUUUGCUGACCUUGCAGUUGAAAAGAUUUGAUUUUGAUUAUACCACUAUGCAUAGGAUAAAACUUAAUGACCGUAUGACAUUUCCUGAAGAGCUAGAUAUGGGUUCAUUCAUUGAUAUUGAAGAUGAGAAGUCUCCUCAAACAGAGAGCUGCACUGAUAGUGGAGCAGAGAAUGAAGGCAGUUGUCACAGUGAUCAGAUGAGUAAUGACUUUUCUAAUGACGAUGGCAUUGAUGAAGGAAUAUGUCUUGAAAACAAUAGUGCUGCUGAAAGAAUUGCAAAAGUUGUCAGUGAAAAGAAUUCAUUACUAUAUGAAUUAUUUUCUGUUAUGGUUCAUUCCGGAAGUGCAGCUGGCGGUCACUAUUAUGCAUGCAUAAAAUCCUUUAGUGAUGAUCAGUGGUACAGUUUCAAUGAUCAACAUGUUAGCAAGAUAACUCAUGAAGACAUUAAGAAAACUUAUGGUGGAUCAUCUGGAAGUCGUGGCUACUACUCCAGUGCUUUUGCAAGCUCAACAAAUGCAUACAUGCUUAUAUAUAGACUAAAGGAUACAACUAGAAAUGCAAGUAAGUACACAUUCCAUUAUUCACAGGUUGAUUGUGGUUUUAAUGAUAUUUCCGAUGUUAUUGAAUCACCUCAUUUCUGUACAAUCUAGCUAAAUUGCUUUUUUUCUCUCCAGUUCAUGAAAGGAGAAAAAUUAAUCCAAAUUAAUAGGAAGAUAUAUAUAGGGUUUUUUGUUCCUUUUUGAAUUUGAUAG